AUGCCCUCUCAAUCAGAAAGAUCAUCGCCCCGUUUUCGGAGAAAAGAGAAGGGAACAUCUAGCGAGAAGAAUGGAGCUCAAACAUCUACACCAGUCGAAAAAAAUCUCAAAUCUGCAAGAAAGAUGAUAUCAAUGACAGGGGAAGUUUCUUCAGCAUCUCCUGAUUUGACCGACCUCCGCAAGAGACAGUCCCAUGGUUUAGCGCCACCAUCGUCUUUCGAAGCGUUGGUAUCCCCACCGAGACGACUCAGAAAUUCAAUUGCAGUUACACCAAAAAUUCCUUCCUUCGCAUCUCCUGGACAAGCAGCUUCAUUGUUUCGCAAGAAGAAAAGUCGAGCUCGAUAUCCAGCCCCACCGCCACCUGAAACAUUCUAUGAGUCUUCGCCAUCACCUGAUGGCAGAAAGGAAGGAAGGAAAGUUGAAGGCAAUGCGUCCAACGAUGAUUUUCCAUCGUCGGAUACUUGCGGAUUAGAGGACGUUGAAGAGGCUGAGAAGGUUUCAGUGGCUGAGAAGGUGGAGGAGUCGAGCUUUCAUCAGCGAAUGCAUUGUAGCAUCUCUUCGCCCCCUCUGAUGAAUAGUCCAGAAAGCCCCUCGUCUGGACGAGGACGAAAAGCGAAAAAUAGCGACUCAGAACAACAAGCGGCGAUGAUGAAGAGGAGUUUAUCCCCUCCACCUUUGUCACCUGAAGUGGAUUCCAAUUUACCAGAACGGGGAAGGAAACUAAAAGUGCUCGCCCCAGACCUUCCAUUGACUUUCAGAAAGACUACGUCUGGCUCCAGUUCACGGUCCGUGUCGCGAUCGAUAUCACCAUCCGUAUCUCGAUCAUCUCGAUCCGAGUCACCAUCAGUUUCACCAGAUGGACGAAAAGCACAAUCGAUGGCGGCUAAUUUCUUCUCAUCUUUGUCAUCGCCGACUGGAGCUGGUGCAGAAUUCCGGCGAAGAGAAUCCGUUUCCUCAGGGCCACCGCCCUCUUUCAAACAUUUGGUAUCUCCUGAGUCGAUGCGAGGAAGGAAGUCGAUCGCAGUGCCAGAUGGCUUGUCGUCAGUCUCAGGUCAUGGUGGCCCAGGCGCAACAUUUCGAAAAAGAGAAUCCAUGUCUCCAGGUGCCCCGCCCUCUUUUCGAGCUGCAGCACUAUCUCCGGGGUCGUUGCGAGGAAGGAGAUCGGUUGCAGUACCGGGUGGGCUAUUGUCGGCUUCAUCUCAUGAUGGCCCAGAUGGGUCGUCGAGAGGAAGGAGAUCGGUUGUAGUACCAGAUGGCCUGUCGUCUGUAUCAUCUCAUGAUGGUCCAGGAGCGAAAUUCCGCAGGCGAGAGUCCCUGUCAGAAUCUCCGGCAUCUAUUGCAGCGCGUGGUGGCUUCUUGUUGUCGGUUUCAUCUCAUGAUGGCCCAGGUGCUAGCCCAGGUGCUAUGUCUCCGGGGUCGUUGCGAGGAAGGAGAUCGAUCGCAGUAUCAGGCGGCUUGUUGUCGACUUCAUCUCAUGAUCGCCCAGGUGCCGUAUCUCCGGGGUCGUUGCGAGGAAGGAGAUCGGUUGGAGUACAAGGUAGUUUAUUGUCGGCUUCAUCUCAUGAUGGCCCAGGUGCCACAUCUCCGGGAUCGCUUCAAGGAAGGAGAUCGGUUGCAGUUUCAGGUGCCUUAUCAUCUCGCGAGAAUUCUAUUUCGCCCUCUGUGUCACCAGAAAGAUGGAAACCAAAAUCGAUGUCUACUUUUUUGUCUCCUGGUUCAGAUCAAGGUGGAAUCAAAGAAGGGUUCGGUCAAAGGGGAUCACAACACAAUUCAUCAAAAGGUCUUACAACUCCACCGUCAUCAAGGAGGUCAUUUGCGGUACCAGGUGACCUAUCAUCUCUUUCAGCUCACGGACCACGGCGAACAAGGCAGUCCAUCGCAAUCAUUGGCAACUUGUCUUCUCUUUCGUCUCAUGAUGGCGGAGGUUCUCUCAACGCUUUGGUAACUCCAACACAAUUGGGUAGGAAAGGGCUUGGAAUGAUCAAUGAAAAAGAAAUUCCUUCUUUUGCCUCUCCUCGUGGACAGAAGAUGCAGGCGAGCAAGAAAUGGACAUCGACCUAUUUAGACAAGCCAAUGGGCGGUCCCAGAGGAGCAGUGAAGAAGAAUAAAAAAGAGAUGUCCCCUGUUGCACUUGGCCAAUUGAGCGGCUCGUAUAUGGAAAAGUCGCCAGGAGGAUUCAACAGCCGCGUGUCGAUGUCGCCAGGAAGCCUUUCCAGAUUGUCUAUAUCGAAAAUGGCCAUGGUUAUGCCUCAAAAUUUGGAUGAUACUCCCGAAGAUAUUAGUAUUCAGGUGACAAUUCCAGAUAUCGAAUUGAAAAUCCUGGCUCGUAAAGAGCAACAAAAAAAGGCACUAGAAUAUUCCGUUCCUGAACACAUCCGAAAGUACCGUGAGCGAGAAGAACGGGUAAAGACAGCAGCUGAGGAAAAGGAAUAUCAACAGCGAGAACUGGCAAUCGCCUACAUUUAUGGAUGGGCAGCUAGAACCAGGUAUAAGAAUAUGAGACGAGAAAGAGACAAGAAACUAGCGAAGAUCGCAAAGGAGAAAUCUGCCAUGGAGCUAAGGUACCGGUCUGCUCUGAGGGUGCAGACAAGAUACAGAAUGUAUGUUAAACGAAAACGAUAUCUGCAUUUGAUUGAUUGCCGGCGGAGGAGAGCGAAGAAUAGUAAGCAGAUCAAAAAGAUAGAAAAAAGGCUUGCCAAGAUCCCGAAGGAGGCAUCAGCUGAACUGAAGACAUUGAAAAAGGAACAUUUAAAGAAAAAGAAGGAAAUGAAGAGAGAAAUGAAGAAACUGAAAGUCACGGAUGCAGAACAACAGAACCAAAACUUGAUUGAAUAUCUCAGAGAAGAGAACAGAAAACUCAGAGAAUUAAGACAGUCAAUGCAAGCGGAUCACAGCUUGUUACAAAAACAGUUUGGGAUGUUGGAUACGAAGUCUGCCGAGAUUGAUAAAAGAUUCAACAGCCUUAAAAAGUUUGUGGCGCACAAGAACGAGUCACUUCAGAAGACUGAAACUGUUCUACAAAAGUGCAGGCAUAAGUACCUCCCAAAUCAUCGGAAGGAACUUGCCAACCGGAACCUGCACUGUGUCAUAGAGAUGCGAAUAAAGGAUUUGUACCAGAAACGACUGGAUAGGAUCCUGGAUGAAGUCAGUACUGUAGCCAAGGAGCGAGAACUCCGCAAGGACGCCAAAAGGGCGACGAGAGAGGUCAACCGGGAGCUUUCCAAACUCCCUGUCUUAGAAAAACCAGCAGACUUGAUAGAACUACUGGAAGAAUUGGAUUGGACACGUAAAUAUUCUUAA